GAGAGAGAGAGAGAGAGAGAGAGAGAGAGAGAGAGAGAGGAUCCUGUUAUGGUAAACAUUGGUUAGCUGUGCAGCCAUCAUUUCUUCAUGGAGUACUACCUGUGACUACAACAGCCAAGUGAAACUUAAAGAUACGAGCGGCAGUUUUGGAAAGUAUUCCGUCUUCCAGCUAGCUAGCUGCCUCGCAAAUCAUUGGUACUUAAGAUGGAAACAAAGAGUACUACUGCCUUUUCUGCGGCUAUUCCUGUUCUUGAAUUGCUUGACAAACAUAAUAAUUAUCCGGAAUGGGCGAUUCGGAUGCGAACCUACUUAAAGGGUCAAGAUCUUUGGAAGGUCAUCAUUGACAAAGACGAAAAUGCACCUACUUAUGAAAAUGAUGAUGUCGAUGAUAAUGGUGCCGACGAUGAUGAUGCUGCUGCUGCUAUUAAAGUUUGGAGAAGGAGGAAUUACAUGGCAUUACAUGUGAUCCAGAUUUCAUGCGGCCCAGACGCAUUUGCCGAGAUUAGGAGCUUUUGUUCAGCCAAGACUGCUUGGCAAACUUUGGAAAAGAAGUAUUUGAUUGUGCUUGAUACGGGCAACAUUGGCAAGAGCUAUCUUCAGUAUGCGGACUUGUACAGGGCCGUGCAUCGUGGUAAUUUGACUGCUACAAAGGACUUCCUUGAUUCUCAACGAGAGGCAGUAAGUAAGGCAAUCACAAAUAAAGGCCAAACGGCUCUUCACAUUGCUGUUACUACUGGACAUGCCCAUAUAGUCAAGGAGUUGGUGAGUCGAAUGUCGAAAGAAGACUUUGGGAUUGAAGAUGGUGAUGGUUACACAGCUCUAACAACGGCUCUUGUGUAUGAAAGAUCCGAACUGGCACUCUACUUGUAUACUUUCACUUUGUUGAAUCAUGGUGAUCUGCUUGUAGAAAAAGGCCGCAAAGGAGCUAUGCUUCUUAACCAUGCAAUAUAUUCCAGAAAUUUGGAUCUUGCUUUGCAUUUAAUCCGGCAUUUCCCAAGUUUGACACAUGCUUUUGACGACCGCGGCGAGUCCCCCCUCUUAGCAUUGGCUUCUAUGCGGAACGCAUUUCCGAGUGGAAAUCGACUCGUCUUCUGGAAACAAUGGAUCUAUAACCGUAUAUGCAUUCAUCCAUCAGCUCUUGGCACCACCAUUGAAACUCGUUUGAACACUCCCAACGUUGAAAGUGGCCGCCAACACAAUCAAGUUAUACAAAUGGAAUCAGGUAAUCAAUCGGCUCCAGCCACCUUUGAAACUCGUUUGCGCAUUCCCAACGUUGAAAAUGGCCGCCAACGCAAUAAAGUAAUUACAAGGAUCAAAUCAGUGACAGCAGUACUGUUGCGCCGCCUAAUUUCAGUUGUUCUCUGCUUGUGGGCCGUGCCAGCAGUACUGUUGCGCUGCCUAAUUUCAGUUGUCCUCUACUUGUGGGCCGCGCCAGUGUUACGGCGCGAUCUAUCUUUAUCAAUUCAUGUCAGCGACUUGUUAGAGGCAAUUCUUCCACUUCUAGAGCGACUAUGGUCUAUAAAUUUGGUGCUACUAGUACUGUCGCUCCACCUAACUCCAAUUUUGUUGGCCGCAAUUGUGAAAGCAAUCGUGCAAUUGUAUGUAAUGAAGAAGCUCCAUAAACAAUCCCAGAAACUUCUUUCCUGCAUGUGUGAGGAGAUAUCAACAUCAUUUAUACAAACUGGACAGCUUGAAAACAUUGGUGGAGUUUGUGAUGCAAUCACCCUUGCUGUCAAGAAUGGGAUUUCCGAGUUUGUUCUUAAGGGAUGAUAGAAGAUUCCACUAUGCUCAAUCAAAUCUCUGGUGCAGCUCUACAGAUGCAAAGAGAAUUACAAUGGUUUAAGGUCAUAUCUCUCUCUCUCUAUAUGUGUGUGUCUCUAGCAUAUUUUCUUUUCCCUCACUUUUGAUAACUAAAUUUUUCUUAUUCUAAAAAGGAAACAAGAUACACAACAAACUCGAAACUACUAAACCAUAUUAAAUACUCGUGACAAUCCAUUUUUCGAGAACACAUCAUACCUGAACAUAUUAACUCACGUCUAACUUGUGAAAAGAAAGACUUGUAAUAAACGUGUGGAAUUCACAUUCUACAAUAGUCUCAUACAUGCAACACAGUACCCUAUAUCUAUAGUUAUACCCAUAGCCGAUCCGCUCCUUCAAAGGAGCGACGAUCCAUUAAAGAGCGAAAAAUUAUACUUAUAAGCUUCUUAUUUACGCACCUAAUACAUCUUUUCCUUGUCAACUAGUGCAAAAGGUAUUGGUCUUUUAAAUCUUUUUAUAAUUGUAAUGGACCCCAUAAUAAGAAGUACGUUUAUACACUCUCUUAUGACCCAAGAGACUAAACAAGCAGUCACCUUAGGCAAAUGUACGGCUUUCUUCGUAUCAGUCACCUUGCACAACUUUUUAGAGAUAAAAUACAACAUAUGGCAUGCUAAAGGUAAAACCUGAUCAAUAUUUAAAUCAAAGUAGUUCCAAAAAGAAAGAACCGAAAAUUAAUAACCUUACGCACCAACGCUCUAUAAGCUGGGCUAUAGCCUUUUAUCUGAAACGAACUUUUAGAGGAUUUAAAAGAAAAUCAGAGAUUCCGGGUGUAGAUCUUCGACGGUAGAGAUAUGAUCAUGAUGUCCAUGAACUUCUAACUUUUGAUACUUCAUAUGAUAAAGAUAAAGGUAAGUGGUGAAUGAGAUUUCAUAUUAUUUUAAAAUGAGAAAUUCUUGCUCUUUAUAAAAUUUCAAUAGAACUUCAAUUAUAUCAGUGACUAAUUAUUUUGGAGUAUAAAUCAUAUAGUUCGGGCCUUCUAUUAGAACGUUACAAGUAAUACCAGAGCUUAUCCCAACAGUCAGAAAUAUAGGACUUGAGCUGUGUCAUCUAUUACAGACAGACUUGAUAAGGAUAUCAGGGAUUUAAGAGUGAUACCCCAUAUGAUAAGGAUAAGAGUAGGUGAUGAAUGAGACCCCACAUUGUUUAGAAAGAAGAAGUUCUUGAUUUAAUUUAUAAGAUUUUAAUAGAGCUUCAAUUGUAUUAUUAAUUAAUCAUUUUAGAGUAUAAGUCAUGUGAUUUGAGCCUUUCAUGAUUGGGGAGUUACACAACCUCUCAUAGAUAAUCCACAAUAGUUAAUCCUCAUCACAACAUCUCUCUUCCCCUUGUUAGAAUUGGUCUUCUAAUCAUUCCCAGUCUUCUUAUCCUUUUCAAUUUACACAUUUAAAAUAUAAUAUAUCCGCGUACACACAAAAAUAAUUUAAAGAGAGCUGGCUAUUUUACCAUAGACUAGGUAGAUUAAGAAUAAUUUGAAAAUAUUUGUUACUUAAAAAAUUUCAAAGAAUAAACUCCAUUUUCAUAAAGCCAUAUAUAUAACCAACUAUAGCUAUCUCAAUCUAUUAUUAUUAAAAAACAAUUUAUGUUAUUAAGCCACAUCGUCUAGUACUCUUUAUUUGUGCUAUUGAUAUAUAACAUAUAGCAUCAAGUUAUGAAAUAAAAAGAUAAUAUAUAUCCAAUCAAAUUACUAACUUUUUUUUAAUACGAGCUCUAAAAUCUUCAAAGUAUGUAGUUUUAAAAGUAAAGAUUUUAUAUCAAAACGGCAUGUAUAUUUGGCUAGGUUUCUACUUUAUUUGAAGUUAAUAGUCAUUUAAUUUUCCUAAAACGUGCUUUUUAUUCGUCUUUUUUCCUUGGGCACCUAAUUUACUCGUCUUUUUUGUUCUCUUUUUUAAUUCACUUAAGCAAAGUUUGCAAUGUUUGAGAAUUAAGCAUGUUUGGAAACUGGGAGUAUCUUAAAAUUUUAAAAAUAAUAAUGAAAUGGUUCGAGUGAAUUUAUUUUAUUGAGUUUUUUAAAAUGAAUAAAAAUAUUAUAAAGUUAAAAAAUUGUUUGACUAUCAUUUUUAAUAUGAAUUUUGUUUUGAAGUUUGCAAAAGUUGUAUUAAUUUUUAUAUCUGAAUAAUGAUCAUUAUGUAAUGAUUAGAUAAAAGUGUUAAAAUUUUCUAACAUUACCCCUAGCUAUGCAGUUGAUUUUUGUUAGUUUUUUUUUUUUUAACAAAUGCAGCUUGUGGAGAGAAUUGUCAAUCCCAAGAUUAAAGAAAGUACUAACAAAAAUGGUUUAACCCCGCGACAACUGUUUACAAAGAACCACAAGAACAUGAGGGAGAAGGGAGAGAAAUGGAUGAAGGGUAUAGCAUCCUCAAGUAUAGUGGUAGCUGCUCUGGUUGUUACCAUUACGUUCACUAUUGUUUUUACCAUUCCAGGUGGUUACAACCAAACUACAGGCUUUCCAAUAUUCUAUAAGGAAAGAAAGUUUAGGAUCUUUAUAGUACUCGAUACAAUGUCCCUUUUUUUGUCAUCAACUUCAGUCUUGAAAUUUUUGGAAGUCCUCACAACACGUUACACAGAAGAAGAUUUUCUUGAAGUUUUACUGAAAAAGAUGAUUCUAGGUUUUUCUGCACUAAUGCUAUCUUUUUUAACCUUGAUGAUAGCCUUUUUUUAUGCUCUUGAAGUCAUGCUAGAUGGAAUAAAUAUUCCAUAUCAUUUGUAUGUUUACAUUAUUAUUCCAGUCAUCUACUUCUUAAGGACUCAGUUCUGCAUUCUUAGAAAUAUGAUCAAGUCGACCUAUUCCCGAGACAUCUUCAAUAGGAAGAUGAAGGUUGGUUUUAACUAAUCCAUUGUGCAAUAUGGUGUUUUGCAACAUAAACGUACGAUCUCUUCGGUGGCAACGCAAGAGAUUGCAUGCUUGAAGGCUUCAGGUUUGUGCCGCUCAAAAGAAUAGAGAGGUUCAUAACUUUCUUCAUUAUCUCACCAGUUUAAGGGCUUGAGAUCAAAAAAUUGACAGAUUUCUCGUUUGGUUGAAAUUUGUGUCUAGUGUGUUUGUAAUUGACAGAUUUCUCGUUUGGUUGAAAUUUGUGUUUAGUGUAUUUGUAAGACUUGGAUGAAUUAAGAUUUUAGGUUUUAGUGUUUUUUGUUAUCA